AUGUCUUCUUUCACCGAUCUCUAUUCCGUGAAGCCCUUCAAAACUCAAUGGAGAGUUUACGUGAAGAUAUUGAAGGUCUGGAAACAAUAUUUGAAUGGUAUAAAGACGUUGGAAAUGGUUGUUGUUGAUGAGAAGAAUCAAACCAUGCAUGUAACUUUGAAGAAGGAGUUCAUCAAGAAAAAUGAAAAUCUGUUAGAGGAAGGUGCCUCUAGAAUUAUCACAAAUUUUCAAGUGGCUCAUAACGGUGGUAAGUUCAGGACCAGCCCUCACGUUUACAAAAUCCUUUUCGCAUCAACUACAUCUGUCAAACCGGCAGAAGAAAUGGAUCCAAGAAUCUUAGGUUUCAAGUUUGUCAAGUUUAGUGAUAUUCACGAAGGCAAAAUGAAUCCAGAUUUCUUGAUAGAUGCUAUUGGACAAAUUGUGAGUAUUGGGGAUGUGGAGAUCUUGAAUGUUGGAAAGAGACAGACAAAGAGGCUUUCUAUGGAGAUCCGUGAUACAGAAAAUGUUCGACUUAAUUGUGUUCUUUGGGGACAAUUCGCUGAAAAUCUUGAAAGUGUGGCUCAACAUGCUAAUGAUGCUGUGAUUGUUGCUGUUUUGCGGUUUGGAAAGUUAAAACUUUAUCAAGGUGUUUGGAGUGUUGGCAAUUGCUACAACUGUUCAAUGGUUAUUACUGAUCCAGUCUUCCCAGAGAGUUUGGCUUUUAAAGAGAGAUUGCCAAAAGAUGGUUUAACCCUGACCUAUACUCAUCCAAAUCAGUUGACUAUUGUCAAUUCUGUAUCAGUAAGGGACGAUUUCUUCUUGCAUAGUCCUCGAAGGACUAUUAGCGAAAUUAUUGCUGCUUCUGAGGUUCUCCCUCAUGAUAUGGAUUACUUAAAAGAACUGUAUCCUGGGAAAACAUUUAAGAAACAAUUGUGGCAGUGCAAAAAAUGCAAUGAGGAUGUUGAGAAUGUUUAUCCAUCGUUUAUGUUGACUUUCCGUGUCAUGGAUAAUACUAGAGAAACUAAAUUCCUUUUAUUUGACCAAGAGGCAAAAGAAGUUGUAAACCAAACUGCUGCUCAGUUAACUCAGUCUGUUAAUGAGAUUCAGGAUCCUGAUAUCUUGCCCUUAACUUUGAGCAAUAUUUGUGGUAAAACGUUUCUAUUCAAGAUUGCAAUUGCAAGCUCAAAUGUGGUUUUCAAUAGUGACACAUACAAGGUCAUCAGUAUAAUUACACAAAGUGAUGUGGUUAAGGAGUUUUCUGAAAUCUCUACUCCUCAGAGCACUCCAAGUAUCAAGAUAGAGGAAAAAGCUCACAAUGCUCUUGAUGAAAAGGUUCCUUUAAUGAUUAUGGAUGAUGAUGAUGCUGAAAUUACACCUACUUCUAAACGCAAAAGCAAUGAAAAGUUGGAAGUGAUUAAGGAUACUGAUGAGUAUUCAGCUGCAAAGAAGAAGUGUAAGGAUGAGAAAACUGUUCAGACUAAUCAAAGUACUCUACCGCUUAAGACCGUGAAAACAGAGAAGCCAUGA